AUGGCAACCGAAGUCGCUGCACCGAGCCAAAACUGGCAAGAGCUCGUUGCUCGCAAAGAAAGCGAAUGCAAAGAGAAGAUCCCCUCCGAAUGGACCCUCAGCACGGAUCUGCUGGCCGUACCACCGCGGUUACUCGAACACGAUCUGCCGCGUCGGAGUGGGUUGCUAUCUGCGCUUGAGUUAGAUCUCACAGAGAACUAUACCGCAGCUCAGCUUUUAGCAAAGCUAGCAUCAGGCGAAGCUAGCUCAUUAGCGGUCACCACAGCAUUUUGCAAACGAGCAGCCAUUGCGCAACAAGUGACAUCCUGCCUCACAGAAACAUUCUUUCCAGAAGCUCUUGAGAGAGCCAAAAGUCUCGAUGACUAUCUACAGCGCGAAGGCAAACCCAUUGGCCCGCUUCAUGGGCUACCUAUCAGUAUCAAGGAUAGCUUUAAUGUCAAGGGUAUCCAGUCCACUAUAGGCUAUGUGGAAUUCCUCAAGCAUGAGCCGGCAAAGACGAAUUCUGCUCUGGUUGAAUUGCUUCUCGCACUAGGAGCAGUCCUAUAUGUGAAGACAAACAUCCCUCAAACCAUGAUGACUGGGGACUCGGACAAUAACAUCUUCGGUCGAACCCUAAACCCGCACAACACUUCUCUGACUGCGGGUGGAUCAAGCGGUGGCGAGGGAGCGCUGGUCGCAUUCCGCGGGUCUAUUUUGGGCGUGGGAACCGAUAUCGCAGGCUCAAUUCGCAUCCCUGCACUAUGCUGCGGAGUCUAUGGAUUCAAGCCAACCACAUCCCGAGUUCCAUUUGGUGGCCAGGUUUCUGGCGCUCUGGAGGGGGCUCCCAUCGUUGCUCCAUCAGCCGGUCCAUUGGGACACAGCAUCUCAGACCUACAGCUGUUCAUGAAUGCUGUUAUAGGUGAUGGUCACGCAUGGCGUUACGAUCAAACAGCAGCGGCCGUGCCGUGGAAUACAUCUCAACCUGCCAAUCUCAAGAACAACAAGAGUUUGACCAUCGGCGUGCUGUCCGAAGACAAGCAUUUCCCUCUUCACCCGCCCGUCAAACGAGCUUUGCAGAAUGCAGUUGAAAAGCUUGCGCGUGCCGGCCAUAAAAUCGUCUCAAUUAAAAAUGAUACUGACGACAAUCUUUCUGUGGCAUUUGCCAAUCGUGUCGGGUUUCAGUACUUUGUCUACGGCCCGCAUAUCGAUAAUAUUGCGCCGAGUGGCGAGCCACCUGUCGAGUCAGUCGCAAGGCACGCGUCUCCUAUGUUCACGGGACCAUGGCCGGUGGACAUGGAGCUAGACACGUUCGAAAAGAUCGCGAAGCUCCAUGAAGCUAGAAGCCGCAUUUCUGACGCUUGGCGACAAACAUGGGUGGAGCAGAAACUAGAUGUGAUUCUUGCCCCUGGAGCUCAAAAUACGGCGGUCGCCUAUGAUACGUUCGGAUGGCCACCCUAUACUUUGAUAUGGAACGUGCUUGACUACCCUGCUUGUAUUAUUCCGUUUGGAAAGGCUUCUAAGGAGCUGGAUCCAACAGAAAUGAGGACAGGAGACAGUGUGCAGCCUGACUAUGUUCCCAUUGAGGUUGAUGGUGCACCGUGUGCUAUCCAGGUUGUUACGGCACGCUUCCAGGACGAAGCGUGCCUUCAGGUUGCAGAUAUAAUUGAUCGAGCGAUCCGUAACUAG